UCCCGGCCAACUCGAUUACGGUGCUGAUUGGUUUAAACUUUCACCGUAUAUGACAGUGACCAAUGAAAUUCAUUUACGUUGAAUUCUAACCUCCACACAAAUCGUCAUUGCGUCUUGUGUCUGAAAGCUUGCAAGUGGACGUGUGUACACACAGAUGACGAACCACACACAACCGCGCUGACACGGGAUAUUUGACAGGUUAAAGACUACGAGAAAAGCUGACUUUAAAGCAUAUUUUUAUAUGAUUUAAAACCAUGUCAGCCUUUGUGGCCCACCCAUCGGUUCGCAUUAGGGGAACGGAGCACACGUUCACUCCUGUGCUGUGUCAGGAUGAGAAAUGUGCAGGACAGGAGAAAGGAGUGCACAUGCACUGUCCACUGUGUUCUGUGGCUGAGUCUUACCAAGAUCCCAUAAUCCAACGAGCUCACUUCCGCAUCAAGCACGUAGACAAAGGCAUUGACUUUGCAGGCUUGAAGGUGCUACGCUGCUGUAAUCCUUGUGAGAUUGUGGGCACUAUUAAAGGAGAAAAGAAGUUUAAAGGUGCUCAUUGGCACUGCUAUCGCUGUAGAAAUGGUUUCAAUAGGAGGGAUGAGGCCAUCAAACACUUUAAGACGCACUUCCGAAAUCCCCAAACUACAUUCCAGAUCCAAGUCACACAGAACGUUAACUGCCGGCAAUAUUAUGGUGAAAGUUCAGACGCUCACGCUAAAGCAUAUGAAGGGAUGGCAGUGAGUCUUGGUGGAGAUGGUGUUAGCAUUGGAUCCAUCUUAACCCAGCCCAUCCUUACCACUGGUACAGAAAGCCUGUUGACUGUGGAGCCAAAGGAAGAAUGUGAGAGAAAUGGAAUCCAAUUGGGUGCUGAGGAGGAAGUGGACUCCUCCCACAAUGCUAUUGGGACACAGACUCUUGUUCUGAUGGAUCCUGAUGGACAGGGAAGCAGUGUUAUUUAUGGCACAGCUACCGGUAUACUCACUGAACAGGGCGUAGAAGGUUUGGAACAGAGCUUGCUACAGAAACGACUCCUGGACCUCCACCAGCAAAACGACACACUACGUCGAGAAAAGGAGAGUGUGGAGAAGACAUUACGUGCUGAGAUUAAACAGCUUAAAGAACAGGUUGCAAGCCUGGUUCAAUCUAAUGUAAGGAUGUUUGAGAAACUGCAAGCGUUUCAAUGCCCAGACCACAGCCAGCAAAAGGUGGCCAAGCUUAUGGAAAGCCUUGAAGCUCAGCACAAAGAGUUACUACAGGCACACCUUGCUUCACUCAAAAGAGUGAUCCUGUCGGAAACAGAUCAGAUGACGACCAAUGGCCACAAGGAGGCACCAGAGCUCAGUGUGGAUGUAGAGGAGCAUCAGACAAAACCUGUCAGUAAUACUUUAGAGGACAUGGAUGUACAACUACAAACCAAUCAGCAUGAAGCAUUAAAAUCCUCAGAGUUAGUGACAGCUGAUACAAUGCCCUGUUUGGAGAGUCCCAGCUUGGACAUAGAUUUGCCAAACACUGGCUUGACCACCAGGGUUUUGGAAGAUAAACAAAAAGCGUCAUUGUCCCCUGUGUCUAAGAAGCGCAGCUCCGUGGAUGACACAGAAGAGACUGUGGAAACCAAAGUACAGAGAAUCUGCUGAGUCAUUUUUUUUGCUUUAUUGUUACAAUUGCCACAUAUUUGCAAGUCAGAAAUAAUCUGUCUGUAAUGUUGUCUGAAUGCAUUUUACAGGUGCUGCCCUGUUUUUAAAGAGACUGUGUACAUAAUUUGGCCUUUCCAGUAGUGGGCAAAAACUACAUUUCUGUGAUCUAUAUAUUUUAAUAUAUGCUUAUUUAUAUGCUGCCAAUAUGCCCUGUUGAUUGUGUUGUAUAUUUAAAUAUUAAUGUAAUUAAGUACUCAGAUAGUCUUAUUUUUAUACUAUUGUCGUUGAUGUCUGUAUUAGAACUAGUUUAGAGAUGCAAUAGUUACAAAAUGCUAAAAGAAGAAUACUAAGGGUUAUAAAUUAAUAAACCCAUUAAACAUUUUGGUAUAAUUAUAAAUAAUUUAUAUUAUUCUGAUUAUAACAUGGGGCUGUUGAAUGCUUUAUUCUGAUCUUCCAUGGGUAUGCAUUAUUUCUGAUAAAUGCACACCUAACUCAAAAUAAAAAUGACCACCAGAGCA